AUGUUUGGGAUACGCACACCGACGAAGAAGGUGACAGAGACAGAGGCUCCGUCCGCCCAAAAAUCACCACACCUGACGGAGAAGGCAGGACCUUCUCAACCAAACCCGAUAGCAGUCCCCAGUGUGAGACGUAGCAUCGGUGAAUGGGAGUCUGGAGCCAAUGUUGGACAAAAGAAGUGUGCCCCAUUGGUCCCCUCAGGACCAAGGGACAGGAUGCCGCUUUCCCAAGAAUCCAGACCGAACGAACGGAGAGCAUCAGUGGAGAGCACGAAAACCCCCCCACUCAAGCCGAAGUACAACAGCAAGAUGUCAGAGGCCAAGGCCUGCUUAGUGAAGGCCAAAACACUGCUGGGUGAAUCCCGAAAUUUGAAGGCGGACAUAAAACACGGCGUAACACAGGCUGUUGAACGGCUAUACCAGCUAGUAAAGGAAGCGGGGGGAGGCAAAGACCAAGCGUCAAAAGGCGAAAGUGAGCACCAAGGGGCAAGGGAGGAGGCGCCGAGUAACAAUCAUGAGUCACCACAAACUGAUCUAAUGAGGGAACUCAUCACGAACUUGAGGGAGCACAAAAACGCGCUCCAGGACUGUGCGGCGCACACCCUCGCCCUCUCCAAGGAUAUACGACAUGCGCAAUCCAGUGCAGCCGAGCAGAGACCCUCAUACGCAGAGGUCGCGAGACUCACCAAGUCCAUCGAUGACCUUAAAGAAAACCUCAGCAACCAAGUGCAUCCGCAGCCUACUCACCCGGAGGCAGUACAACAGCCGAAACACAUCCACGUUGCACCAAUGCACACCAUCAUUGUCACGUCCGAUGACAAGGAAGAGAGUGGACAGGAGGUAAUCACCAAAAUCAGACAUGCAUUGGAUGCAAAAAAUACCGGGAUACGAGUGGAUAGACUGCGCAAAGCGAGAGACCAAAAAGUCUUGAUAGGCUGCCAUAAUAAGCAGGAACUCGAAAAGGUCACCGAAGCGGUGAGGUCUCGCAACCUAAAGGUAAAAGAAGCGCAAAAUAAAGACCCACUUGUUAUCCUCAGAGACGUCCUCUCAGUGCACACAGACGAGGAUAUAAUAAAGGCGCUAAAAAACCAAAACGGACACCUGCUCGCUGACAUUGAGGUAAGGGCCACAGUCAGAUACAGGCGCAGAGCAAGGAACCCACACGCCUCACACAUAGUGAUCGAAGUGUCUCCCAUAGUAUGGCAGCGCCUCACCGCGGCGGGUCGCGUACACAUUGACCUACAGCGGGUACGUGUGGAGGACCGGUCGCCGCUGGUACAAUGCUCGCUGUGCCUUGGGUAUGGGCACACCAAGCGCCUCUGCAAGGACACUCCCGCGCAACUACAGCGUAUUGCUAAGGGCGACACAGACGGCCAAGGAGAAGAGAGUGCUGGUGCCCCACCAGGUGUGAAAUUGUACCGCGUACUUCAAGCUAAUCUCCAAAGAAAAGAAUUAGCAACAAACGAGCUCAUGCUCGAGGCAAAUAAAAGGAGAACGGCCUUUGCACUGCUCCAGGAGCCGUAUGUGGGCAGCUCAAGUAGCAUGAAAGCCUAUAGAGGAGCGAGGAUUUUCCAGAACACUGAACAGGAAGAGGGAACUGUCAAAGCGGCAAUCGCAGUCUUUGAUCAAGACAUGGACAUUAUACAGUUCCCAGAACUCACCACAAAUAACAUCUCAGUGGUGAGGAUCCGAACUAGUGCCUGGGAGAUGGUUGCGGCCUCAUGCUACUUUGAGCCAGACCGGCCCAUAGAGCCAUACUUGGAGCAGCUAAAGGAAAUCCGCUGUAAAUUACGACCGAAGCUAUUCCUUAUCGGCGGAGAUGUAAACGCCAAGAACACCUGGUGGGGCAGCAGCAAAAUAGACUGUAGGGGUAGUGAGGUAUCUGGUGCUAUGGAAGAGAUGGAAAUGCAGGUACUCAACGAAGGAGAUGUCCCGACAUUUGACACCAUCAGAGGCAAUAAAAGAUACACAAGCCAUGUAGACAUCACGGCCUGCUCAUCGGACAUGUUGGGCUUGGUAGAGGACUGGAGGGUAGAUGACCGGAUAACCAGCUCUGACCACAACACCAUUACAUUCAAAGUCAGGCUCGCAAGAGCGAAAGGCACGGACAUCCAACGGACUACGCGAAUCUAUGGCACCAAAAGGGCCAAUUGGAUUCAAUUUCAUGAGAAAUUGAAACAAUUGGUGGCCGAUGGUGCCAUGGACAAAGCCAAAAUAGAAGGGACUAAUACUAUAAGGGAAUUGGACCUCUUGUUGGAGGGGUAUACGAGCAUCGUCAAAAAGGCAUGCGAAGAUACUCUCUCCAAAAAGAGGUCCAAUCAAAAACUUACCUUACCUUGGAUGUCCGAGGAGCUUGACAUUUUGAAGAAGGAGGUCUUGACCAGGAAGCGGCGUGUCCGAUGCGCAGCACCAAUCCGGAGAGCCCGAGUUGUUGCUGAGUACCUGCAAAUGAAAGAGAAGUAUGAAAGAGAUGUAAAAAAGGCCCAGAUAUCUAGCUGGAAGGAGUUCUGUGGGAAGCAGGAUAGGGAGGGUGUAUGGGAGGGCAUCUACAGAGUUAUAGGUAGGACCGCCAAGCGACAGGAAGACCUGCCCCUGGAGAUAAAUGGUAGGACCGUAGAUAUGCGUGAAUCCGCAAGAGCCCUGACUGAGACUUUCUACCCUGAGGAUUCGGCGGACCGUGAUACGGCAUACCACCGACAUAUACGAGCGGAGGCCGACAGAGUGAAUGGUGUUUCCCGGGACGAAUCCCGGGACCCGCCGUUCACAAUGGAGGAGCUCCGAGCAGUGGUAGAGAGUUUCAAUCCUAAAAAGGCACCCGGGGCAGACGGUUUUACGGCAGACAUCUGCAGUAGGGCGAUCUCAUGCGACCCAGGACUUUUCCUAUCACUGGUUAACAAGUGCCUGGAGCUUGAACACUUCCCGACCAUCUGGAAGAAGGCCACGGUAGUGGUCUUACGUAAGCCGGGGAAAGAUAAUUACCGGAACCCCAAGGCAUACAGGCCGAUAGGGUUGUUGCCAGUGAUGGGAAAGAUCUUCGAAAAACUGCUCGUAGGUAGACUGAAAUGGCAUAUCCUCCCGAGGAUUAGUACUCGCCAAUAUGGCUUUAUGCCCCAAAAAAGCACUGAGGACUCGCUCUAUGACCUAGUGAAUUAUAUACGUCUGAAAAUAAAAGCAAAAAAGCUUAUUACGUUAGUCUCACUGGACAUAGAGGGAGCCUUUGACAACGCUUGGUGGCCAGCAAUAAGAGUCAGACUGGCUGAGGAAAAGUGUCCUGCAAAUAUCCGGAGAGUGCUUGACAGCUACCUACGAGACAGACAGGUCGCAGUGAGAUAUGGGGGGGAACAACACGCAAAGAUCACAUCAAAAGGUUGUGUACAGGGAUCGAUUGGCGGUCCUAUCCUGUGGAACCUUCUCCUGGAUCCUCUCUUGAAGGGGCUUGAGGAGCGAGGGGAUUAUGUCCAGGCAUUCGCUGACGACGUGGUCCUCGUGUUCCACGGGGAAACUGCGCUGGAAGUCGGGAGGCAGGCCAAUGCCGCCCUCGCCUAUGUCCAAGAUUGGGGAAAGAAAAACAAACUUAACUUUGGUCCGCAAAAAACCAAAGCUAUGACAAUGACCAAUAAAAUAAAAUACGAUACCCCGGUCUUGGAUAUGGGCGGGAUCGGCAUUGAAAUGUCAAACGACAUAAAGAUCUUAGGGCUACACAUCGAUAGAAAGUUGACCUUCAAUAAACACGUCUCAGAAGUGUGCAAAAAAGCUAUCGUGAUCUACAAACAGCUCUCCAGAGCAGCAAAAGUAGACUGGGGUCUUCACCCAGAAAUUAUUAGGAUCAUAUAUAACGCGACAAUUGAGCCAAUAAUCUUAUACGCAGCUAGUGUUUGGGCUCCGGAGGUUGACAAGCUGGGGGUGCAGAAGCAGCUCAAUAACGUACAGAGGGGAUUCGCGCAAAAGAUGACGAAAGCGUACCGAACAGUAUCUCUUAACUCUGCCCUGGUGCUGUCUGGGUUGCUCCCACUUGACCUCCGGAUUAAGGAGGCAGCCGCCCUGUAUGAGGCCAAGAGGGGGGUGCCCCAGCCAAUACUGGGGGAUAGAGAAGUGGAACGAGUCGUUGGAUAUGCCCAAGCUCCACACCCGGCGACGCAUAUGAAACUGGGGUUCGUCUGUCUGGUAGACCAAGAGCAGGUCGACUGCCAUAACAAGCAAGCAGUUCGUAUAUAUACGGACGGCAGCAAAAUUGACGGCAAGGUCGGGGCAGCCCUAUCCGUGUGGGAUGGUGAUGCUGAGACCAAAACCGUCAAGUUGAAACUGUCUCCGUAUUGCACGGUCUACCAGGCUGAACUGCUGGCCAUAUGCGAAGCCACUAGGGUGAUUUUGGCGUGCCAUCAAACGAGCUUUGGCAUAUACAGCGACUCGAGGUCGGCGCUCGAAACUGUCGUCAACUACGACACCAAGCACCACCUAGCAGUCACGAUACGAGCAAAUGUCGCAGCAGGCAAACGCCAGAAAAAGGAGAUAUCCUUCUUCUGGAUAAAAGCACAUGCCGGAUUGGAAGGAAAUGAAAGGGCGGAUCAAUUGGCAAAAGACGCGGCGCAACGGGUGAAGACCAAACCAAAUUAUGACCUUUGUCCAGUCUCGUAUAUUAAGAAACAGACCCGAAUAGAGUCCCUUGAGAGGUGGAAUGAUAGGUAUCAGUCAGGAACAACGGCCUCUACCACAAAAUUGUUCUUCCCGGAUGCGAUACUAGCACACAAAAUCAUCAAAAAGAUAGAGAUUACGGGAGUACUGACGCAGGCGCUGACGGGGCAUGGUGGGUUCUCUGAGUACUUAAACAGGUUUAAGUGCAAGGAGAGCCCAUCGUGCAUCUGUGAGCCAGGGGUAGAGGAAACCAUCGUCCACCUUCUCUUUGAAUGUCCCACAAACGGUCCCCUUAGGCAUGACGUGGAGCAAAUGUUGGAGACCACACUGUGUAGAGAGAGAGCAAACGAAAUAAUGGCGGAUAAAACUAGGAGAGCAACCUUCAUCAAAUAUUGCCAAACCGUGGUAAAUAGAGCAAUCAAAAGAAAUAAAGAGUAA